UUUCAAAGGUGUUUAGAAAUUCAAAUUGCUUAUUACAAUGAGAGUGUAUAUAAUAUUAUUUAGCGUCUUUUGCCUGAGCCAUUGCGCUCCACAAGAAUACAAAAAUAAAUUUCCAGAACAACAGCAAGGUCAACACAUACCAAUUGUAAGGCAGGAGCAAGAAGUGAAUUAUGACGGCACCUACGAAUACAACUUUGAAACCGGAAAUGGAAUAGUCCAAGAAGAAAAAGGAUUUUUGAAAAACGCCGGUACAAAGGAAGAAGCUCAAGUUGCUCAAGGUCUCUCCUCAUAUACUUCACCCGAAGGAAUAAGGAUAGAACUCCGGUACAUAGCAGACGAAAACGGUUUUCAGCCAAUCGGAGAUCACCUGCCAACUCCACCACCAAUACCUGAAGCUAUUUUAAGAGCGUUAAGUGUGUUAAAACAAUUGGGUAAUUCCAAUGAAGAUAACGAAGGGAAUAAUAAUAUUAGAUAAAGA